AUGGAGCCCGUGGGCUCCUGGGGCCCCGCAGAGGUGACCGCCUGGCUCCGAGGGCUGGAUGCAGCGGUGCAGGGGUACCCCUUCGAGGCCUGGGAGCUGGCAGGGCCUGACCUGCUGGGGCUGGAUGUGGAGGCACUGGAGGCACUGGGUGUGUGGCCCCUGGGGCACCAGGAGCUGCUGCUGGAGGCUGUGGAGCAGCUCCGUGAGCUGGACGCAGGGCUGGCGAGCACCAGCCUGCGGACCCUGACAGAGAGGCUGCAGGAGCUGGCACAGGGCAUCCAGAGCCUGGUGCUGGGGGGGCUGUCGGCAGGGGAUGCCCCCCGGCCGCCCUCCCUCACCCUCCUGGCCCGAGUCAUCGACCUGGUCGGGGCUGCCAAGGGACUCUUCUCCUGGCUCAACAGGUCCGGGGCAGGUGAGGGCCCCCCUGGGUGCUGGGUGCCCCCACAACCAGGGGCUGAGCUCUGUGUCCCCUCCAGGUACCUCUUCUCCACCCUCAACGACUUCUCGGCCAGCCAGGACAUCGUCCUGCUGUGUGCCCAGCUGGGAGAGACGCUGCAGGCGGAUUGUCCCGUGGCUGAGAGGGACAGGCAGAUCCUGCGGAUCUGCCAGCACAUCGUGGGCAUCUGCGAGAGCAUCGUGGGCUGCAGCCCCCCAGCGCUGCUGGACCGCAGGGCUGUGCUGCAGCAGGUGGGGCUGGCGCUGCCCCCCGGCCCAAGGGGCAGCCCCCCGAGGUCCCCCAGCACCCCAUCGCUACCCCCAGGCCUGUGGCAGAGCCCACCAACAUCCCCUGACUCGCCAACACUGCCCCUCAGCCCAUGGGGGAGCCCCCCAGUGUCCCCUGACACCUCGGUGCCACCCUCUGACCCCCUGACACUCAUCACCACCCCGCUGGUGAGUCCCCACCACCCCAGUGCCCCACUGCCUCUGGACCCCCCCAGAUCCCUGCUCAAACCCCCUUCCUGUCCCACUCAGGGCUUUGAGAUCACCUCCACCAGCUCCUGCCUGCACUUCGUGUCUGCCACCACCUCGGAGGCCCUGGCUGCCCACGGGGGGCACAUCCUGCCCGGGGACGAGAUCGUGCAGGUCAAUGAGCAGGUCGUGGUGGGUUGGACACGCAUCAACCUGGAGAAGAAGCUGCUGGAGAAAGCAAACGAGGUGACACUGGUGCUGAAGAAGAUCCCCCUUGACCUGCAUGGCUCACCCCCCUCUCCCAGACAGCAACUCCCGGGAGCAUUUUUGGAUGCUGCGGAUUCCCCCGGCACCAGGAGUGGCGAGUGCCCAGGCAGCCCCGUGUCCCUGACCUCCAGCGUUGGUGCCGACUUGGACUCCGGGCCGGACUCAGCGCCGGAUCCCGUCACUGACGAAGAGGAGGAAGAGGACGAGCAGGACCUGAGGCUGCCCAGGGCGGCCGUGGAGGAGCUGCCGGGACUGUCAGGACGGGGUAGGACGGGAGAAGAGGGGGACAGAGAGAUCUCCCCCCAGGACAGGAGGCUGCAGCCCCGCUCGCUGUUCGCAGGCGCUGCAGGGGAGGAGUGGGAGAGUGGCACCCCCUUGGACACCCCCUUGGACAACCCCCUGGGCACCCCACCGGACAUCCCAAACUCUCCGGGCAUCUCUGCUGCCACCAGACCCCGCAGCACAGAGCUGAGCCCCACGGCAGCCCCCACCACGGGGGCUGGGGGUGCAGAGCCCUGCCAGCUCCCUCGGGAGGGCAGCCCCCAGACAGGACGCAGACCAAAAGGAGUGGCGACCAGGCUGAGCCGCCGGCGGGUCUCGUGCCGGGACCUGGGCCGGGUGGACUGCGAUGGGUGGCUCCUCAAGAAGAAGGACCACGUGGGCUUCAUGGCCCAGAAGUGGAAGCGGUGCUGGUUCGUGCUGAAGGGCCACACGCUCUACUGGUACAACCACCCCAACGAUGAGAAGGCUGCAGGACUCAUCAACGUGGCCACCUAUGACCUGGAGAGCACGAGGGAGCAGAAGAAAAAAUAUGUGUUCCAGCUGUGCCACCAGAAGUACAAGCCCUUUGUCUUUGCUGCCGAAACCUUGGCUGACCUGAGCAUGUGGGUCAGUCGGCUCAUAACAGCCAAAACAAAGUACACACUCGCCCACCAGUCAGUCCCAGACAAGGAGGAAGACUGCUACAGCGAGACAGAGGCUGAGGACCCCGAUGAUGAGUCCCCCAGGCACGGAUGUGACUCGGUGAGUGGCCCUGGGGGACAUCCUGGGCAGGGGACAGAGGUUCCUCAUCUCACCUCCUGCUCAUCUCUCCCCCAGCCGAGGAAGAGGCUGCAGAACCCCUCGGACAAAGCCCAGCUCUCCCCGGCCAGUGGCGAGUCCAGCAGCCCCCAGGGCAGCCCCCGGCCCUGCUCCCCCAUGGGUAGGUGUUGA